GCAGCGGCGGUGCAGUGACGCUCGGCGAUUGGGUGAGCGAAGAGCUAAAGUGUAUUAUACAGCUAAAAAGACAAGACGCCGAUAACAAAAACAACAGCUGCGGCCGCAUGAGGCCAACUAGGGAUACACUCGCACUUUUCGGGUUCACGCUAUAAAGAUUUCGGAUGUCACGAUGGCUGCACACUUCACUAUUUCCGACAGCGAGUCAGAGACAUCGGAGGAGGUGGAGGAAGGAAAAAAUAAGCAACCACCAACUGUGCAAGAGCAGCCGCUUUCUCAACGCCACUUCCUCACACUACCUGAGCUCAGAAUUGCAGCGACCGGUCGAAUCAGGCUGAACUCUGAGUCCCACGCUUCCACUGUCUCCAGAGACGAGGAGCUCCAGGCUAAAGGGGAAGACGAGGCUGGUACACCCACUGACGGAGCUCCAUUCAGGGGACGGUCCAAGUCCGCUCCCCCUGCUUUGUGGGCAGCCAAGAAAUACGGCCGGCAGCUCCGAAGGAUGAGCGAUGAGUUCGACAGCCUGCUAGACAAAGGGGAAAUGAGGAGGGUGAGGAGUGCUGGGACGACCAAACAGAUGCACCACUCCAAAAGCUGGUGGAGCUACCUCUUCAGUCACCAAGAGACCGAGGGAGAGAACAACCACCACGACACCCACACACACCGCACUGAAUAGGGACUGGGAGAGGAAAUAAAGAGUGACACAAGGUUUGAGGAAUCGCUGGGAAUGAGAAGAAUGCAAUGGGGAAGCCAAGAGAACCGUUAUGUUGAGAACAACAUGACCUGAUCUGAGAAGGGACGGAAGAAAGGUUGGUUUAAACAAAAAGAGAGAGCCAAACACAAAGGCAUGGCUAAGUGGAUGGCUAGGUGUUCAUCCUAGUCACGUCAUUUUUAUACGCCAUUGGUAACAACCUUUAAAUUAUUUUUUUGGUAUUUGUGUUGGUUGUGAUGUUAACAAUAUUGCUGGGCAGCCCACUAUGGAAUGGUAAAAGUCAGUCAGGCAUGAGAAUGGACUGUUGGCUAUCUGAUCCCCCACAGAUUGGAUGAGAGGAUAGGCCAAGAGAGGAGAGGUGAUCUCUUGAAAACACAAAGAAGGAUAAGCAUAUAAGUUGAGCAAUGACCACUGAGUUAAAAGAUGCUUCAGUUUUCUCUCCCAUCAACACUAUGCAAUAUACUGUAGAUGGAGAGAUAAAUGCACUGAAAUAAAAACACCGGACUAUUUGAGGCCACCUUGAAUGCUGUUAGAAUUUCCUUCCUCGUCUUCUUGAAGAAAUCCCCGAUGUCGAUGUACUAAUGCUUGUUUUGCUCUAAAUGUUUGUGCUUAAACAAAAGCUAAAUGGAGACCACUGUAAUUGUGUGCCAAAAUAAUGCGCAAGCAACAGAGACAAGAGUAUAAAAGGGAAGGAUUUGUUUAAAAGUAUUCUCUGGCCUUUAUCUAACUUGCACUACUACUACUGCUGCAAGCCAGUACCACUUAAACGGCUGUACUUGACUAUCAUCAACUGCUUUAUAUCUUAAAUGUAUCAAAAGAACAAUCUUGUACAAGGACAAUCUCCAAUGAUGCAGAAAUACUAUCUUUUGUAAGACUUCAGGGUUAGAUUAUAUCUGAAGAGAAUGACAAUAAACAUACAUAUAAAAGCACAAACCAAUAUGAAUCUUUCUAUCUUUUUAAAGACUUGGAUGAGCAAAAAAAAAAAAAAAAAAACAACCUUUGGAACCUUUUAUGUGUAAAUAUUUUAUCAAAUUGCCGGGGUGGGGUUUUAGCCAGAAUUUUUUAUUUGACAAGUUCCUAUUUUACAAGGUUACCAUGCUAUUUAAUAAGUUUGGCCAACCUAGCAAUAGGCAGUGUACAAUCCAUGGUUGUUGUGAUAAAUGUCAUGUGCAUAUUUAAAGAUGUGGGUGGGGAUGAAUUAACUGCCGUACAAGGAGCCAACACAAUAGCUUGGGCCCAUUUAUUUAGUACCCAGUGCAUAUAGACGACUGACUUAGAGUGCAGUCACAGUUAAACACAAGUGGAAGGGAUACUUGACAUUCUUUAGGAAAAUCAGUUUCCAGCCCUGUUAGGGUUGCUAAAACGGUGAGUUUAAAUGUGGGUUUUUCACUUUGGGAUGUGAAUAAAAUGGGAUCUUAAAUCUGUCAAGUCUCAGGUCUAGGAGUGAUGAUCUGAUGCUAGAUUUGCUUUUUAUGUAUUAUAUUCAGGCUUUUAAGGACUACUUGGCACACACAAUAUGACAUUUAGGGGAGAUUUUCUUAUCAAUGAUUAUAAAUUAAGAUAAGCACUUCUACACAGCUUGGUAAAUAUGAUUAGGCUAUUUUUAGGUCGUUUAUCAAUAUGUGAUUAUUGAAAAUGGUAAUAGGUUUGUUCUACUUGUUUCUUCCUCUACACUUGUAGGGUUGAGAUGUGAAUUGCAGGGGUGGGGGGCUAAGGCAUGGAGCUAAGGGGCUGCAUUUCUAUUGUCUUACCACUCAAAUGUUUCUCCACCUUUUUCAAGCAUCUUUUAGUCAGAAUUGUAGACAAUCUGAAUAGCAUCCCCUUUUUUUGGAAGAUUCAUCAAAGUCUACCAUGUUUGGUAACAUGCAACCCCUAACUGUGUAAGACCAAUUCACUGAAACAUGUGGGUGACCCUUUAAAUUGAAUAAGUAUCCAGUAUAAAGCUACAGUUCAGACUAUGCUGUUACAUCUAGGAGUGUGUAAUUGUGCCGUCAAAACAAAGUUAGUUAGUGUUUUACAUAAUAAGUCACUCCUAAUAGACCUGUACCUGUACUUUGACACAAUUAGUACAGUUGAAUCAGCUGGCAGAGAAUAUGUGUUUAGAGCUUGGGGCCAAAUAUGAAUAUGGAAUUUUAAGAGUACAAUAUUGUCAUGAACUGCCUUGAAUAUGCUGUAACCUGUGAUGUGACACCACAUAACCAGUCUUGUCUGUUUACCCAAUUACCGCCUUAAACUUUACAGUCACCUAUUACGCUUAAGGAAAAAAAGCACAAUGGUGGUGCGUUUGCUGUCACAACUGUGAGAAAAUUAUAAUGGCUAAUGCUGGAAAAGCCAUUUCAGAAAAAGAAAGUCAUGUUAUGGUUUUGACUUGAAACAUUUGUGGCAGUGAACACACCCCAGAGGAAAAAACCUGUCUGGGCACCUGGCGUUUUACAACCAUCCGUGAUAUUACUUGAAUCUGGAGAUGUGUGUGGAGAAAAUGUAAUUCUUAAUAUUUCAUUCUUUUUUUUUUGUUGGAUUCCUUUUUUAUUUUUUUCAACUUUUGUAAAUUGUCUCUAGAGCUGUGAAACUUCUGGUAUAUGCUGUGCUGAAUAAAUACUUUUAAGAGUGGUUUUGAA